GGCGGGCGGCGGUGCAAGUGCGCAGGCGCGGAGAGCCCAGCGCUCGGAGCCCGGAAAUGACAGGGAAAGUGCGCGAGAGAGGACAAUAGAGAGAGAGAGAGACACACAACCACAGCAGAGCUGAGAAUUCUAGAUGUUGCUGUAAAAUAAAAACAACGAACAUUACUGGAUCUUCUUAAAUUUGCUGUGUGGUCAGGUGAUGGACUGCGCACCAGAUUCUGGAUCUUCAACCACCCAAGGAUCACCACAUUUAGGGAAACAAGAAGGAAGCGAGUCAGCUGAAGUCCAAGAUACUUACAAUGGAUCACAGAAAAAUGAAAAACAUGUCGAAAAAANCGAGCGUGGGACCAAGAAGAGAGGUUGGCCAAAAGGAAAAAAACGCAAAAAGAAUAUACCCAAUGGCCCGAAAGCCCCACUGACUGGAUACAUGCGAUUCUUAAAUGAACGGCGUGAACAAUUACGAGCACAACAUCCACAUUUAUCUUCUCCCGAAAUCACUAAGAUGCUGGGAAGUGAAUGGAGCAAGCUCCCACCUGAAGAAAAGCAGUGUUAUCUUGAUGAAGCUGAGAGGGAAAAGCAGCAGUACGUAAAGGAGCUCCAGGCAUAUCGGGGAACUGAAGCUUACAAAAUGAGCACAAAAGUAGCCCAGGAAAAGAAGAUGAGGAAAGAAACUACUUAUUCAAUGUCAAAUGGUGUACAUGCUGAGAAUAAAAGUGACGAGAAACAAGGAAAGAUGUCCAUGUUUGAUAUUCCUAUAUUUACAGAGGAAUUUCUCAAUCAUAACAAAGCUCAAGAAGCAGAGCUGAGAAAGUUACGAAAAGCUAACAUUGAGUAUGAAGAGCAGAAUGCGGUCCUACAGAAGCACAUUGACAACAUGAAAAGUGCCAAGGAAAAGCUGGAGGAAGAGUUGUCGGAAGAGCAAAACCAAAAUUCAGCUAUCCAGAAGCAUCUCGAGAGUUUACGGCAGAUGCUAACAUCUAGCUUGGCUAAUGUCUCUCUUCCAGGUAGUGGAGAAAACGCAACGUUAGACACAGUUGACUCCUAUUUGACCAAACUGCACAGUAUUGUGGUGGAUGACGCGCGGCAGAAUGACAAACUUGUGAAAAAGAUACAGGAGAUAUUAAGCAAGCUGGAGAACAGUGACAGGCCUUAAAACACCAUAAUCUUCAGCAAAUCAGAUGAUGCACAGAUUCCCAAGGAGGCUGAAGAGUGGAUUAGUUACAAAUGCUUAGUUCCUCUUUUUUAAACUCAUACAAGGCAUUGCUGCAACUCCCUGAAAAAAAAUGCAGUUAGUCUUUUGGAUCCAGGGACAUGGCAAACAGAAUUAAAGGUCUGCUUCUCAUUCAAGAUUAAAGCAAAGGGAUUUGGAUGAAGUUGAAGAUUACACUAUACAAUACUUUGAAACAGAAAGCUGCAAUGUGUCUAAAAUUAAAUGCUAGUUUGUUCAAAAUUUAGUGACGAGUGCUAAACUAAGCUGUUAGUACUUUCAUCAUUUUUUCUUGUCAACGAUGGUUUCAUGCAGGCUGUGAAUUCUGAGUUGAUUCAGUAGUUUUUAUUAACCUUUGUAUAUCUUUGUGUGAAUUCAUUCUAUAGAUGUAGAUUUUUUUGUAAAGUAAGUUGUAUAUGACCAUGACAUGCUUGAGUUACAUUGGUGUACAAACUUCAAAAGUAGUGAGAGCCAGGUUUUAAUGCAGCUAUUACACUUAAACAAAUAAAAUCAAUGCUACAAUUUGUUGUUUAGACAGGGUUAAGGGGAUAUCAUUUUCAAAUGGAUGUUAUGUUAUUGAUCACAGGUAACAAAAAAAAUCUGAUGGCUGUCAAUUCUGUUAUUUACAGCAAAUUAGUACAAAAGUGUUUUUUUUUACAACUUAGAUAAAUUCUGUUCAAGUGAAAUCCAUCUUUUUUUUAUAAAUGAUUUACCAAUCCUCAAAUUUCAAUUCUGAGAAAAUUAAUUCCUUGUUAAUACAUUUUUUCGUUGGGGAAAAUAGUUAUCAAAUUCUCCUGUGCAGAGGGUGACAUUUGUGUGUCUAUGUGUGCGCACAUACAUACGUCUAUUUAGUAGUUGCUCUAUACUGUGUACAGGGUAACUCCUAAGUAGAAGUAUUUUACAAUACAAUUUACCUUUUAUCUAGUCCUUUGAUGUCAGGUGGACGUCUCAAAAGUGCUUCACGCUGCUGAUCGGGCACCUGAGCUGGGGGUGGGGGCCAAACUGUUGCAGAAAGAAAAGGUGCAGUCAAAAGAGAGUCGUCUUGAGAAGGCUUUGAAUGAGGAGAGAGCAAGUAGGGACUUUGAGAUGGAGUUCCAGGGAGCGGGUGCAGAAGGCUGAAAGGUGAAUCGUUGGUGGUGGGACAGAUAGGGUGGGGGAGAGGUUUUCCGAACCAAUGUACAUCAAGAGAUUGAGAUAACUUGCUUCAAGUUGGAAUGGUUUAUCAAUAUUGUCAAAGCAACCUUCAUCAGAAAUGUAUACAAGCAGAGAUACCGUACUUAUAUUUUGAAAUAUCUAUAACACAGAUGGCUGAUAAGUGACACAUAAAUUUCUAUGUUUCUAGAAGUGUGAUAUCAACUUGCUGUUUGAGUUGCAGCUUUUACAAGUGUUGGACUUUUCAUACAUUCACACCUGCAUAGAAGACUUAUGACUACUUCAGAUUGCCAUUGGUCUUCCUUAGUUAAACAAAAACUGUUUGAUUAAUGAACUAAGAAUGUAUUUGUAUUAAUGAACAUAUGACUACUAUGUAUCCUGUGGCUUGUGUUUUAUGCCGUUUUACCACAUGAUUCAAAUUGCAGUUAUGUACUUUUAGAGCACUGGAUUUUACCACUUACCUUGCAAUGGAUCGGAAAGCUAUUACACAAUUGAUUUGGUUGUGAGCAAAAAGGGAGAUGAAAGAUUAAUUGGUUCGCGUAUUCAUCAGUGGCUUGGGAUUGUGGUGUAGCCAUUUGUAUGUGCGCAAAUAGUUGUUUGAUUUCAUUUCUACAACAGAUUUUGAAGAACUUUAUUUGUCAAAAAAGUUUAUGUUUGCUGUGCAGCAAGCUACUGAUAUCAGCGGAGUUUGCAAAGAUCGGCAGAUGAGAAGCAAAGGUUGAUAUUUCAGCUGAGGAAAGGAAGGUCACUGAACGUUGACCUGCUGUCUCGUACCUCAUAAGGCCAAAGUGGCGAGAUAUCAAAACAAUAGGGACAGGUGACCCUAGAAUGCUUUUUGACCUCAAUGCAGCGAGUAAGCAUACCCCUGGGCACAGAUCACUUGUAACUUGAUAUAUGGCCAGAGGAGACCAAGGAGAAUUGAAGUGAAGCUACAAUGAUUUCAUGAGCUAAUACAACACUACACAGAUGUUCUUACAUAUUGCACAGCAUUGCAAUGAACGACAGUAAAAAUCUUACAUAAGUCGUAUCAGGUGGAACCGUACAUUUAAUAUGACAUGCAAAGUAUGAGUUAUAUCAGUUGUAUCAUACAUGACUUGUGUAAAGUUAUGUAUAAGUUGGAUUUUAUAAGACUUACACAUAACAAAUACACAGUAUUGAACUGGCUGGUGACACUUAAGGCAAAGUUUCAAUAUGGAAAUUUUCAGAACCAUCAUUUCCCGGGAUAACCAUUUUCAUCUUGUUUUAUUAUCUGUAAAUGGUUUAUUUGAAUGUUCCUGUUGCCUUCCCUGAUUUUAUUCUGCUUUUCUUGCAGUGGGAGAUGGUACAAAUAUGUGAAUUAUUUUAAGAGUUGAAGGGGGUUGUUAAGAGUCAACUUAAUUGUCUUAGUUAUAAAGGGAGAUGUGUGUAGUCUCAUACCUUACACAGCUGUCAGUUCGAGGAAACCUGAAAGCAGACAAGUGAGUACAGCACUGCUUUUGUAGCCAUGAUGCUGUGCUCCAGUCAUGGCGUGAAUAAUAAUAAUAAUUGCAUUGAUUUAGCGCCUUA